AAAACAAUUUCAUUCGCUUUGUAGCUGGCGGCGCGUUCGCUACCAAAUCGCGCUUCAAUGUUUCAGCUAACGGCUUAAACGUUUUCAUUUCCGCAAAUUGAAUCGAGUGCAUAGAAAUCGGUCAUAGAUAGUGUAUGAAUGUGCAAUCAUAAAGAAUAACGAUAUAUUUGUGUACUUGCUAAGCAUUACGGAUAUUGCAAAUUGGAUGAAAACACUCGAAUAAGAGUGUUCGAAAAUCAAGAGUCAAAGGCUAACGACACGCGUCGCAGUUCUUUCGAUCGGCACGUGCUGUGCACGUGUUCUCAAUUAGAUUUAUAAGCGGAGGCGUGCGGUUUACCGUUAUGCACUUGUUGGACAAUUAGCCAACAUUAGCUUGAGACGUUGAACAGAAAGGGUAACUGCAAUUGGCAAAAUGUUCUCAAUGGACAAUUUCGACUUGGAAGCGACGAUGGCUCGCCACUUCUUCGAGGGAUCGCAGGCGACGAAUGCCUCAAACUCCAGUUCCGAAUACUUUUUCGGAGAUGAGCACAGCUCGGAGAGCGAUGAUGAUGACGAUGCGUACAGCAGUGGCUUCAACAGCGACCAGGAGAACAACGAGAAGACCUACUCAAUGUUUAGGCGACGCAGUCACAAGCCACGUCGCUUGAAGUGCGCCUCCCAGAUGGCCCAGCAGCGGCAGGCGGCGAAUCUCCGGGAGAGACGUCGCAUGCAGAGCAUCAAUGAAGCCUUCGAAGGUCUGCGCACCCAUAUACCGACACUGCCCUACGAGAAGCGACUCAGCAAGGUGGAUACACUUAAGCUGGCUAUCAGUUAUAUAACAUUUUUGAGCGAAAUGGUCAAGAAGGACAAGAACGGCAAUGAGGCGGGACUGAGCUUGCAGCGCAACUAUCAAAAGGAGCCGCCCAAGAAGAUCAUACUCAAGGAUCGCACCGGAGGAAUGUCGCAUUCGUUAUCCUGGUACCGCAAGGGCGAUCGCUAUCCGGGCAGCAAGCUCUACGCACGCACUUGGACACCGGACGAUCCCAAUGGAGCGACCAAUCAGCAUCCAAACCAGCCGCUCUACAGCAACAAUGCGGCAAAGAGCAGCGGCUGCAGCAGCAACAAUUCGAAUUCUAGUCAAAAUCACAAUAGCAAUCAGAGCAGCGAGGACUUCAAUGUCAGUGGAAAUAUAAGAGAUGCUGCUGUCGGUCCAGGUGCUGCUGCUGGUCCUGCAGCGAACAUCUUUGGCAACGGAGGUGGUCUUUAAGAGAAUAUUCUUUAACUCUUGCAAUGCAACAACGCUCAAGCUAGUCAAGGCAUGCUAGUCAACGAUAUGGUAGUGGCACCUUUAA